AUGGCAGCGGCGUCGUUUAGGUGGAUACUGCAGUUGCACAAGGACGUACCAAAAGCCGCUGGCUUCUACGCCCAAGGCUUGGACUUCUCCGUAAAUGUCUGCACUCUCCGCUGGGCUGAGCUUCAGUCGGGCCCACUCAAGCUUGCCCUCAUGCAUUCCCCCAAUGACCAUGUGAUGCAGGAGGGGUACUCUUCUCUCAUGUCUUUCACAGUCCCAGACAUUAAUCACACAGUGACAAGGUUGAUGGCAUUAGGAGCUAAACUAGACGGUCCUAUCAAAUACGAAAUCCAUGGGAAGGUUGCGGCCGUGCGAUGUAUCGAUGGGCACAUGUUAGGCCUCUAUGAACCUGCCUAG